AUGGAAAGAGACGACAUAAACUUGAUCUCCAAGGAAGGGUGUAUAGAUUCUACAACAACCGAAGAUACUCCAAACUCUAAAUCCACCAUCGUCUAUAGAUUGUACUUCAAGGGUUUUGUGAUCAGAAGUAACGAGACGACGGCUGUAGUGAAUGCUGGAUUUGGGGUUGCGAUGUGCGAUAACAUGGAUGAAUUGGUGUUUAAGAUUAAGAAAACAUUGAGCAACAACGCCGAGAUUAGCCGCAAAGGAGUAGAGAUCACGGCACUUAUUCAUGGUUUAAAUGAAUCCUUAGGUUUAGGGUUUAAGAAUGUGGUGAUUUAUUGCGAUGACCAUCGUAUAUACCAAUACCUAAGUGGUAAAGAGAAGCCUAAGAAGAAGCUUGUCCAUCUUGUGGAAGAAGUCCAACGACUUAGAGAAAAAUUGACUUCUAGUGAAGUUGAUUUCGUUGCGCGGAACGAUGUUAAGUUUGCUUAUAGACUUGCGAGAGAAGAAUUAGACUCUCAAAGCUUAAGCAAUAGCGUAAAUGCGGAGACAUCAUCACAAAGAGAAACUUGUGUCAUUUGUCUUGAAGAAAGAGAUGCUGAGCGCAUGUUCUGUACUGAGGGUUGCUCUCACCGUCAUUGCUUUUCUUGUGUGAAACAGUACGUGGAAGUGAAGCUCCUUAAUGGAAAGUUUCCAACAUGUCUUGCUUAUGGAUGCAUGUUUGAGCUUACUCUUGAAAGCUGUAUCAAGGUUUUGACACCAAAUCUGAUAGAGUUGUGGAAACAAAGGACGAAAGAGGACUCGAUCCCCGCUACAGAGAGAAUCUAUUGCCCAUAUCCAAACUGCUCAGUGUUAAUGUCCCUAACCGAGCUUUCAAGAUCUGCUGAUGAUGAAACCUCAUACCAAUCAAGUGUUCGAGAAUGCGUCAAGUGCCGUGGACUAUUCUGCAUUGAUUGUAAAGUGCCAUCGCAUUCUAAUUUAUCGUGUGAUGAUUACAAGAAACUUCACGGUGAUCAGAAUCUAGUUGAUGUUUUGAAGCUAAACUCUCUAGCUAGCUACAAUAUGUGGCGUCAAUGUGUUAAGUGUAGACACUUGAUUGAACUUUCUCAUGGUUGCAAUCACAUGACAUGCAGAUGUGGAUAUGAGUUUUGCUACAACUGUGGGACUCAAUGGUAUGAGAAUGAUAAAACUGAGAUUAUAUUGAAAUUAGCUCUGUUAAGGACUCUAUCCAAACUGUUCAGUGUCGUCGUCGCUGUCGGUGAUUUGCUCGCCGUGUUUUGA